AUGCAUAUUGUUUAUGUACAUUUAAUUGUUUUUGUCAUGUCAGCUGAUCUUUAAUACUACAUGUCUUAGUUGAAGUGUACAAAGACAGAUAAGACUGGAAAAUUUGUGUUGACGUAUAAAGUCCAAAGUUUGGCCAUAAACCAACAGACAUUAUUAACUUGUUUUCUCAAUGAAUCUUUACUCUCUUGUCUUCGAUUCGGCACAGCAAGAAGUGCGAAAUGGCUCAACAUGAAUACAAAAAACUUAGUGACAAAUUCUUCACAUACAAAGGAAUGGUGUUUCCAAUAGAUGAAACAAAUAUUAUUACCACAGAUUUUAUUGACAGCUUGAAGGAUUUCCAAAUAAGGGACGAUGAUCUCUUUCUCGUUACCUUUCCAAAAUCUGGUACGGUAUGGACCCAACGCAUACUUACUUUAAUAUUUGAGGAAGAUUUUCCAGACAAAGCAAAUGAAACCACGUACGAGCUGGUGCCCUGGCUGGAGUUUCGGGAAAAAGACAAAGAUUACGAGUCUCGUCCGUCUCCAAGACUCUUUGCUUCCCAUUUACAUGAGCACAUGGUGCCUAAUGAGUUGCAAGAUAAAGGAAAAAUCAUCUACGUUAUGAGAAACCCAAAAGAUAUCAUGGUGUCUUAUUUUCAUUUUGCAAAAAAGAUGAAGGUCCUGGAACCUUUAGAGAGCUACGAUGACCUGCUGGAUAAGUUUUUCACAGGAUGGAUGGUCGGUGGAUGUUGGUUUGAUCACAUCAGAGGAUGGAUAUCAAAUAAAGACAAAUACAACAUCUUGUUCUUGACUUAUGAAGAGAUGAUCAAGGACCUCAGAUCUGCCGUUGUAAAAAUCUGUACGUUUGUGGGGAAGAAUCUGUCAGACGCAGCGAUUAAUAAAGUUGUGGAAAAAGCAACGUUCAACAACAUGCAGAAAGACCCCAAAGCCAACUACGAAUUCCUGCCAGAGAACGUCACAGAGCAUCCAAAAGCACUAUUCGUGCGCAAAGGAACAGUUGGGGACUGGAAGAAUUCAUUAACCGUAGCUCAAAGUGAACGCUUCGACCAGGUUUACCAUGACAGAAUGAAAGACCUUCAUCUUGAUUUUAACUGGGACCUACAUGGCUGAAAUUAUGCCAUAAAAUGUUAUAAAUCUACAAUAAAAUGUGAUCUAGUACGCAUUGUGACCAUCAUGUGACUGCAUGCUUAAGUUAUACAUCCAUAUAAAAAAUCUGUAAGAUAAGAGAAUACUAUUACAACAAAUAACAAAACAUUUACCCAAUAGCGUUUAGUAAGGUAAACAUAACAAAUAUUAUGUAUAAUAUGAAAAACAUUGAAAUGUACUAAACAUAAUUUUCAGACUUUUUAUGUUUUAGACUUUUAUCUUGUAAUGUGAAACAAAUAAACAAAGGCAUACAUAACCACCA